CGGGCGAGCGGGAAGGCGCCGCGGGGGCAGGAGCGAAGCGGGCGGGUGCCCUCUUCCCCCGGGAAUCUUCGGGGAGGGAAGUUUUCUGCGGCGAGGAAGCAGGAAAGGGAGUGCAAGUCCUGGUAGGGCAGAGAGAAAUAUCUGGCCUGGGGAGGAAGGCGCUCCUUCCAGGAGGGGGCUUCUGGGCAAGGAGGUGUCGGCGAGCCCAGUCGGCUGGGGCGUGGGCUGUGAAGAAAUUGGAGGUCUCAUGGCAGCAACGGUAGCUGCAGGCUGUAGCUCUGGGGGCCCGCGGAACCCUGUCGCAACCCUACACGAGGAAGCUGUCUGUGCCAUCUGCCUGGAUUAUUUCACAGACCCGGUGUCCAUCGGAUGUGGCCACAACUUCUGUCGUGUCUGUAUCACUCAGCUUUGGGGUUCGGGUGAUGAAGAAGGUGAUGAUAUAGGAGCAUCUGACUCAGAGGGGGGUGUGGAUGAUGGGGGGAUAGAUGACCUGGGGCCUGAGGAAGAUGGGGAUUAUGACAACGAUCUGGAGGACAAUGAUUAUUUGGGCGAUGGGGAUAUAGGCGAGGAGGAGGAAGAUGAUGUAUCCAGGGAUGAGUAUGAUGAUGAAGAUGAUGAUGUGUGGGACGAUGAUGACAGAGACUACUGGGACCAGGAAAUGUGGGAUGAUGGUAUGGGGAAUGAUUUAUUUUUCAAUAAUUAUGAUGAUGAUGAGGAAGUAAUGGAUGAAGAGCCAGAGGAAAUGACAGAAUAUACUGUGAGGGCAACUCCACCUACUGCUCCGCAGCGUCAGUCUUUCACUUGCCCUCAGUGCCGCAAAACUUUUCCUCAUCGCAACUUCCGCCCCAAUCUUCAGCUGGCCAACAUGGUGCAGAUCAUCCGACAGAUGCAUCCACAACCGUUGAAGCCUGUGAUACCAUCAGCUGAAGCAGCGGACUUGGCAGCAGCCGGGGAUUCAUCAGGGGCACCGUCUGCUUUAGCUGCAGGUCGUGUGCCAAGUGCUGAGCGAACCCUAUGUCAGAAACACCAGGAGCCACUUAAGCUCUUUUGUGAGGCAGACGAGGAGCCCAUCUGCGUAGUGUGCAGGGAGUCACAAAGCCAUAAACACCACAGUGUCAUGCCACUGGACGAAGUUGUGCAAGAAUACAAGGCUAAACUCCAGGAUCACUUGGAUCCAUUGAAAAGGAAACUGGAGGCAGUUCUGAAGCAGAAGUCAAGUGAAGAGGAGAAGAUAGCAGAUCUCAAGAGCAAAAUGAAACUUGAUAUGAAAGAGUUUGAGUCAGACUUUGAGCGGCUGCAUCAAUUCCUGAUUGGAGAGCAAGCCAUGCUGCUUCACCAGCUGGAAGACCGCUAUGAGAUACUGCUGGCCAGCCAAAGUAGCAACAUCACUCACCUGGAGGAGCAAGGCGCGGCACUAAACCGUCUUAUUGCUGAAGCAGAAGACAAGAGCAAGCAAGAUGGUUUGCAGCUGCUGAAGGAUUUCAAAGGCACUUUAGUCAGGUGUGAGAAUCUUACAUUCCAAGAUCCAGAGAUGGUGCCAGUGGAUGCAGGGAAGAAAUAUCGGAACUACUUUCUGAUAGAUAUUUUAAUGAGGAAGAUGGAAAAGGUCUUCAGCAAAGCCCCUCAAGCUGAUUUGACCCUGGACCCUGAAACCGCUCAUCCACAGCUGAUGCUUUCCUCGGACUGCUGCAGUGUCCAACUUGGGGAAUACUGGCAGGAUCUGCCGGAUAACCCCAAACGCUUCGACUCUGACUACUGUGUGUUGGCUUUGCAGGGCUUCAGUUGUGGUCGCCACUACUGGGAAGUGGAGGUGGAUGGCCAGCGAGGGUGGGCCGUGGGGGCAGCCCGCGAAUCGGCCCGACGAAAAGAGAAAUCCAGCGGUGGUUCCCACCAGAAACGGGAGAUCUGGUGUGUAGGAACCAAUGGUAAAAAGUACCAGGCUUUGACUACCACUGAGCAGACAUCCCUCUCUCCAGCUGAGAAUUUACGGCGCUUUCGUGUCUACCUGGACUACGAACGAGGCCAGCUAGGAUUCUACAAUGCCGAAAGCAUGGCUCAUAUCCACACCUUCAACGCUUCGUUCCGCGAGCGCGUCUUCCCCUUCUUCCGCAUUCUUUCCAAGGGGACCCGCAUCAACAUCUGCAAUUGAUGCCAUUGCGGCUGUUGCACGUAGCUGAAUUUAUCCCUUGAGGCCUCUGCUUCAUCAUAGUCCUCCCAUCCCACCUAACUAUGCCUGAUGAGUUUCUCACCACCUUUGGACUUCGGUGGGUUCCUUAUCGAGCUCUUAUUUUGGAUUCCUUUUUUCAGGGAUUCUUCCCUUCUCUGAAUCCAGUUUUGCACACUUCUCCUUCUCUGGUGCUUGACCAGGUCAUGGAUCUGAUUUUCUCUCUCUUGGCCCAGAUCCAUCUUAGCAAAAAAAAUUGUGCUCUCUCCCCUUAUACCUUUGGGGUAUAAUCCCAUGUCAGCUGAUUAUACUGUUUCUCAUCUUUAGAUAUUGGAGUCCUUGAUCUUUAAUUUCUCAGACUUUACUGAGCAUGCAGUCUUUCAGUUGCAAGGUUGGUGGGAUCUGCCACGGCUUCUUGGCUUGGGCUUAGCAAUCCAAAACUUGUUCUUGGCUUUCCCGAAGACACCUAAAUCUUCCUAGUCAGGCAUUCAAGACUUCACUAAAUUUAGGCCUAUGUAUGGUAACUUUUCUUUUUUGAAUUUUACUGGUCAGACAAGAUGACUUCCAUCAUGUUCCAUGUUCCAACUGUUCCAACUCCAACAUGGGGUUGGUUCUAAGUCCAUGCUUUAAGCAGGGAUGAGGAACAUGUGGCCCUCCACGUGUUACUGAAUGACAGCUUCCAAGAGGCCCAGCAAUCACAGCCUAUGUUGAAGGAUACAGGAGUUGUGGUCCAGCAACAUCUGGAAAAUGAGUAGCCCCAGUUCUAUUUCUGUGUUGCUGUCACCAGAGCCCAGAUUCCUGCAGUCCUCACAAUAGCUUUUUAUUUAAAAGUAAUGACACAGAAAUAUUUUGGCAGGUCCCCAAUGCUAUAGCCCUUCUUUAAUUGCUUUAAUGCCUGUAUUCUGAUUUCCUGUUUUUGCAAUUUACUACUAUCAAAUUAAAAAAAAAAAAGAAUUGCAAGUUCUGGUUUCAUGUGAUGACCCAGUUGAAAUGUCUCCUGAUCUUUGAUGUUACUCCCAUCUCUUCCGCCAUUUAUCUAUUCUAAAAUGUGAUAUGCUGGCCAUUUGGAGCAAUGACAGCACCAGUUGCUGUUGAAUGUCAGUGUAGAGCCAUGAUUGUAGACGUGUGUGCUAUCCCACCAGAUGCUGGGACUUCAUUAUUGCUGUCUUUCUUGUUCUUUCCUGUCUUCCCACCAUCUGCUAUAAAUAACUUAUUUUAGUCACUCACGAAGUUUUAGCCUCCACUGUGGAGUCUUGAACCUCUGGAGGCUUUAGCUAUUCCAGCUCUGUGUGGUUUUUUAAAUUCUUUUUGGCUUGACAGAGCUGCUUCUGAACUAUUUUUCGCUAUAAAAAAGAUCUAGUUUUUUGGAAAAAGUUGAGAGAUAAAGUAAUAAAUGACUACAUGUUAAA